AUGGCGGCUGACGGCGGCGACGACUGCCUGUCGACCCUGGUCACGGGCCUGCUGCUGUUCUUGGUGUACUCGCUGACGGUGAUGACGCUGCCGGUCACGGGCUGGUGGACGGUGCGCCGGCUGGACCGCUGGCAGCGCAUGGUCGUGUUCCGGCUGGGCAAGGUGCUGCCGACACGCGGGCCCGGCUGGACGCUGGUGCUGCCCGGCCUGGAUAGGCACCAGCUGGUGGACCUGCGCAACAAGAGCAUCCUGGUGCCGCCGCAGCAGCUGAUCACCUGCGACGGCGCCGUGGUGGAGCUCGGGGCCGAGCUGCUUUACCGGGUGUGUGACGCGCACACCUUCGUCGGCUCCUGCGUCGACCCGCAGGGCGCCCUGCGCUCCCUCACCAGGACUCAGAUGGUCAACACACUGGUCGGCCAGGAGCUGACCACAAUAACCAGAAGGGGGCCGGAAGUUGAGGAGGCUGUGCUGUCGACUAUAAACGGCCAGAUCAAGGACUGGGGAAUGGAGGCCUCGUCUUUAAAGUUCUCCGAGGUGAAGGUGCACAAGGAGGCGGAGCACCUCUCGGCGGUGAACCCGCUGCUGCGUCAGCUGGGCGGCAUGUUUGGCGGCUCGGGCAGCCCGCUGGUGGCCGCGCCCCUGGCGGCCGACCCGGAGACGAGCGAGGCGCUGCGGGCGGCCGUGGCGCGGCUGCCGGCUGGACCAGGCGCGACCAGCCUGGCGCGCGGCACGUACCGCAUCGAGACCACGGACCCGGCCGGCCUGUACCACGUCCUCGUCGGAGACGGUCAGUGA